AUGAGCGGCCUCGCGACGAAGCACCAGUCGCACAUGCUCUUUGAGAAGCUCAAGUCGAAGCAUGCGAACAAGAUAUGCUUUGACUGCGGCCAGAAGAACCCGACGUGGACGUCUGUGCCCUUCGGCAUCUACCUCUGCCUGGACUGCUCCUCCAACCACCGUAACCUCGGUGUGCAUAUUUCCUUUGUCCGAUCGACGAACCUGGACCAGUGGCAAUGGGAUCAGCUGCGAUUGAUGAAGGUUGGUGGCAACUCGUCCGCCACCAAGUUCUUCCAGCAGAAUGGAGGCACCGCGGCGCUGAAGAGCAAGGAUCCGAAAACAAAGUACCAGUCCAACGUGGCGACCAAGUACAAGGACGAGCUCAAGCGACGAGCUGCCAGAGAUGCCAAGGAAUUCCCCGGCGAAGUUGUCGUGACCGACUUGGCCGACGGCGACGGAACCUCCACACCGUCCGGCGAGCCCGACGCCGAUUUCUUCUCUUCCUGGGAUAAGCCUGCCGUCCAGCGACCCACUCCUCCCACCUCGCGAACGGCAAGCCCUGCCAUGGUCGGCCGGGCUCCCUCUCCCUUCCUCACGGCCGGCGCCGGAGUCGGCAAGGAGAGGGCGGUGUCGCCGCUGGCCAUGCCGGAUGAGCCGGAGGAGGCCCCACCCGCGCCGCGAGUCGUCACCGCCGCCGCCGUCCGCAAGACACCGGCCGCCAAGGCGCGAAAGACCAACGUGCUCGGCGCCAAGAAGACGACGAAGCUCGGGGCGAAGAAGGUGACGAAUGAAGUCAUCGACUUUGACGAGGCGGAGAAGAAGGCCAAGGAGGAGGCCGAACGCAUCGCGAAGCUCGGCUACGACCCCGAUGCCGAGGACGACUCGCAGAGCCAAGACGCGAUGCCGGGAACGGGCGCGACCAUCAUCGCUUCCAACUCUGCGGGCCCGUCGCGCAGCAGCUCGCAACCGCGAACAAAGUCGGUCGCCGAGGUCGAUCGACUUGGCAUGGGGAUGGGACGACUCGGCUUCGGCCAGGUUGGCGGCAACAAGCCGGCUCAGGAUCAGUCUACGAAGAAGAACGCCGGCGGAUUCGGCUCCGUCGGCCCCGUCCGAGCAGCCGCCGAAGACGAAUCGGACAACUUUGCCCGCACCAAGUUUGGCUCCCAAAAGGGCAUCUCGUCGGACGAGUACUUUGGCAAGGGUUCCUUCGACCCGAGCGCUGACGCGGAAGCCAAGACACGACUGCAAGGCUUCGAGGGCGCCACCUCCAUCUCUUCCAAUGCCUACUUCGGAAGGGACGAGGAGAUGCCCGAGGAGGACUACGGCGACCUCGAGUCGGCCGCCAAGGACUUUGUGCGCAAGUUUGGCAUCACGGCCAGCGAUGACCUCGAGAACCUCAGCAACGUCUUGGGCGAGGGUGCUACGAAACUUCAGGGUGCCAUCCGCAACUACCUCGGAAACUAA